AUGCAUGCCACAGCCGACAGUCCAACUUCUGCGACCGAAAUCGCGCACCCUUCCAACGCGUCCAUAACCUCCGCUUCUCCCCCGUCGCUCACCCCCGCGCUCUCCGUCUCUCCAAAUGACACCGGCACCUCCACCCUCCGCCGCCUAAAAUCCAAGUCAUCCCUGUGGAGUCUAGGAAGCAGCAAUAACGAAGACGAAAGCUCCCCAGUCGAGCCAAAUACUGGUCCCCGGCAAUCAAUCCUUCGCCGACUCUCCCCGGCUCUUGCAGCCCGCGUCAAAAUGCUGGAUGGCAGUAACAAGUCACCCUUGCAAUCCAAGAACCCAAAUGCUGUCGGUCGAAUUCCAGAAGAGCACCUGAAGGAGCUGGAUAGUCGGAACCAGGACUUGUCUAUUAGAGUCGAGCGGAGGGGCCAAGCGUGGAACGGUUCAGGAACCUCACCCGGCCAAUCUCACGAUCCCCCGCGGCGUACCGCCUCAAACCACCUCGAGCUCCCCCACCAAGAUAUCCUCCAAGAGAUCGCAGACGCACACAGACGGGACGGACGCGCCUCAACCGAAGCAGUCGAGGACAGCCCUGACCAGAACCAGAACCAGGACGAGCCCGCCCCGACAACCGACUGCACCAGUUCACCAGUCUACAUGUCUGUUGCAGAGCCAGCUCCGGCGCCGGUGCGCGCACAACCGCAACCAUCCCUCCUACCCAGCAAUUCCAUUCAAGACGAUCGCACUGACUUCCAGAAAUACGUCGACGAUACCGCCCGCAAGGAAAAUCAGGAUGCGCAGAGCGCGCCUGAUCCCCCGCCGAAGGAUUCCCCGCCUGCUUAUGCCCAUUCGCGCUCGUCUUCCAAUUCCCAGUCAUAUUUCAAUCCCAUGGGUCUACAGCGCGCGGACUCCAUAUACUCUUUCUCCCGUGCUUCCUUUAGCAAUCAGCUCUCGCAGCUGACGUCCAUUCCUCUCCCGCAGCCGGAUUCGCUUGAGGCGAGUAUUACGAAGAUUGCUACGGCUCUUUCGGCUGUGAGGGCUUUGAAUGGGGCUGCGGAGCAGAUUCAGAUUUGGAUCAAGAAGGCUUCGGAUGUGCUUAGUGGUUUGGAUUCUGAGGAUGAUGUUGAGUGGGCUGCUGCUGGUGGUCGGGAGGGUCUUGAUGGGGUUGAUAAGGCCAUUACCCGGUUCGAGUGCUUGGUUAAUGUGUAUGUGCGAGCCAUUGAGAAUGUUCAGCUGCGAGACGAUAUUGCGAAUGUCGAUGCGGAGAACUUGACGACGAUCGUCAGCCAGAUGGAGAGUAUCCUGGAAAACUGGAAACAGAUCAAGAAUAAGCUGAGAGGUGUGAAAGAGCAAGUUGAGUUGGCGAUGGAGUGGGAAGAGCUUUGGUCGAAUGUCCUUGGUGAUGUGGGUAUGGAAAUUGAUAAUCUUAGCGGGUUGAUCUUCGAGAUGGAAGAAAAGCGUCACCAGGCGUUGAUGGAUACGGGCGAGACGACUGGCGGUCUUGAUAUCAACGAGUUGGAGACGAUCGUGGAAGAGUCUCCUACCAAGAGUCGCGCGGCAUCACAACGCCUGAGUAUUGGUCCUCUUCUGGCAUCGGCUUCUGGCACUCCUGUUAUCAAAACACCACAGGAUGAUACGAGCCACUCGAAUCUGAUGGCUAUCUUUGCGCGCAUGCAGCCGCUACGUGCAUCGUUGGACUUUUUGCCCAUGCGACUGUCCAUGUUUCAGGCUCGGGCCGAGGCUAUUUUCCCGAGUGCGUGCGAGGAGGUUGAGGACAGGCGGAACAGGUUAGAAAAGAGCUAUAAGGUUCUUGAGACAGAUGCGGAAGCUCUGCGGAAGGAACUGGGAGAGGAUAAGUGGAUUCUAGUUUUCCGCAAUGCUGGAAGUCAGGCGCAGAAGAUGUUUGAAUCUGUGGAACGCAGCAUUGGCAAACUGCAAGAAGGACUGGAGAGCGGCUUGCAGCUUAACAACCCGGUCACCUUGCAGAAGCGCAUUGAGAACUACGAGGCGAAGAAGAUGCACUAUGUGCCGGCGAUUGAGCGUGUGGUUUCCAUUAUCCAAAAGGGUGUCAAUGACAGGUUAACUGUCAACGGCGAAAUCCUACGAUUGUUGUCUGAUAUGAUAUCGCGGAUGGAUGCUCUCAAGGCUAGUACCAAAGUCAUGGACACUUCUCUUGAGGACGUGCAUAUUGUCAAGGGUCAGCAGCUUCGAGACUCAAUUUCUAGCAUCUUGACCAUGGACAGCCCGCUCACAGGCAGUGCCAUUGACACGCCGGGAAGCUCGCCCGCGUCGUCGGUUAUCAUAACUGGCCCCAGCUACAAGGGCACCUCAACACCCUUGGGUGGUUCAAGCCGACGCGAGAGCUUAGCUGGAAGCACCACAACUCGGUCAGCCUUGCCAAAGACCCGGCGCUACUCUGGCUUGCCGCAGUCCACAGCGAACUACACAAGCCGGAAGUCGAGCAUCCCCCAACCAUCCGGCCUUACAUCCCCCACUCCAUCAAGGAGAUCCACAAGUCUCUUUACGCCAACCCCGGCUUCCCGCUACACUUCUCGCACACCAGCGGCGCCGUCCACAAUCCCCAACCGUCCUCGUUGGAACGCGAGCACAAAUACGAACGAUCUAGAUACUGGAUAUACUUCAUACCGCAAAUCAUCCGCCCCGAUAUCUCGCACGCCUCGGCCCGCAUCGGCCAUCCCAUUCCCCAGUCCAUUCCGUCGAGAGACAUCUGCGUCUCCAGCACCGGGCACUUAUAGAUCGACGAGUCGCGUCUCCAGCCGGCUCGGUGAUCGAAGUCCCUCACGGAAUAUUUCCUCCCCUAGCCCAGCGCGAUCAUCACUCCUCGAUCCGCCACCAUACAGCCGACUGCGCCGACAGUCGGGGAUGUCAAACACACCCCGCAGUCGCCAGAGCUACGCAGGCGUGAGCUCAGCUUUCAGCCGGAGCGUCUCACAUGCUCCGGAUGUAUCUGAGACACCUAGCAAAGCCUCUCGGCCGGGCACAUCACUGGGUCAUUCAACUAACAGGCGUGUUAGUCUUCUCCCGCUGCCAACGCGGGCAGAUCACAAGCCAGCGGCUCAAAAGGUGGAUACUCGUCCUCCGUGGCGUUAA